UUAAGUUUCUUCAUCAUUUUAAACUACCACAACUUAUUUUUACGUGUAUGAGCACAUAUUAUGCUUACGUGCCACAGCAACAAGCUUUUUAUAUUGCUUGCGUGCCAUAGCAUGUUACGUCGCCUUAUUAUAAAUUAAACAAUAAACUGAAAGGAAAGAGGGAAAAUGUUGCCAAUAACGCGUGGUAUUUACAAUGCGCUAUCUCUCAUCGCACGCAGCCCACAGAAUCGCUACGCUCUGCAUACAGCCAGCGCGCUACAAUGUAAAGCAGUUGCAGCCGAAGCGGAAGCAGAAACAGCAGCCGAGGACGUUGAACAGGAUGCUGCUGCAGAGCAGAAACUUGAUGCGAAUGAUCGAACCAAAGUUAUACCAGUUGAAACCUCGAUGCGCUAUUUAAAGAGCGCUGCUUACAAGCAAACCUAUGGUGACGAUUUUGUGUGGGUGCAAUACCGACGUAACCACAAGGGCAUGUUUGCGCCGAGAAAAACUCGCAAGACAUGCAUACGACAGGGCAAAAUCUCUACCGGCAAUCCCUGCCCCAUCUGCCGGGAUGAGUACCUUGUGCUGGAUCAUCGCAACACAGAUCUGAUAAAACAGUUCAUAUCGCCGCAGAGUGGUCAGGUUUUAAGCUACUCCAAGACGGGUCUGUGCCAGAAAAGCCAUUUUAAGUUGCUGGUGGCAGUGGAGCGCGCACGCGACUACGGUUUGUUGACCUACGAUGUGCCUUUCCGGGAGUACGACUACAGCGAAUACUAUGGGAAGACGGAGGAGACAGCUCCCAAAAAGCCUUAAAAGUUACACUGUAUUUUUGUUUUCUAUUAAAGUUGCUCUUUUAACCAAA